AUGAGCCAAGGCGCCAUACCCGACGCUGCUCUUGAGGAGCUCAUCCAACUCGCGUCCGCCAUCCACCACGUGUGCGAGGCAUGCCCUGGACGAGUCAAGACCACCGACCCCCACCUCACUGAGCGCUUGAACGACUGGCUCCGAACGGCCGCCGAAAGGCUCGCUGAGUUAGUGGCCGAAUACGACGCAGGCAUUGAAAGCAUCCCCUGUUGGGCCUUUGGCGCACUCCUCGAGUACGGCAGCGCCCAGUGUGCCUGCCUGGCGAGGAUGGGAAUGGAAAUGAGGCUCCGCGGAAAUAAUAACGGGCUUAUUGGUGUCAUCCCUCUCGAGCAUGUGGCUCAAGAAUGGGCAUUCGAUGAUUGCCUUCCGCCGCUCCCUGCGAGGGGGCAGUCUCCUGCGACCCCAUCCGAGAACGGGAGCCCGCUGCCCUCGAGCCCCCCAAAAGGUAACCAGCCUGCGUUGCCCAUGUCAGCAUCACUCAUGGGUUCGCGGCUGAACAGCGAGAAAAGAGAAUCGCGAAAAGCGCAACCGCCGCAUCGAACGCGCGGCCACGCCGCUCCCUUCGAGGCAACCGUCAUCGGCGAGCUCAUCCGAGAAUGGGAGCCCGCCGCCCUCGAGCCCACCAACAGUUGCGGCCGUUCAGCUAUACAACGCAAGCGCAAAGGGCGCCAACGCGAAACCGGCAAACGAAUCCCCACACCGCCCCCUCCAAGCGCAGCAUCCCCACCGCGGCCGGCAGCACCUCGUGAUGCAGGCAAGAGGGCGUCGCGUCGCCCAAGCCGCGCGCUAGAGGACCAGGCGGCCGGCCGGAGCAACGGGCGCGCGAGGCCGUCCUCCCGGGCCCGUGGCCGGUCACUGACGCGGGGGGGCUCACACGUUAGCAGCAGGGCCCGCUCGUGCAGCAAUGGCAGGAAGAAAAGUGAGCCAAUGUCGGCGGAAGACGGCAUCCCGGAAUUCCCGGGAGACCUCAAGGCCAACUUUCCAUACGGCACGAUGCCUCAACACCAAAGCCUCGGAAUUGACCGGAGAUGCCCGCCUUGCCAGAAGAAGGGCAUAGAGUGCCGGUUCUACCCCUUGGCGCAAAAAGCAGCUUGCGUCGGCUGCACGUCGUCAAAGACCGGCUGCACAGUCACCCAAGUCGCUGGCGGCACUACCGGAAGGUGCUCACGAGCAGGCAGAUACCGCCAGCUUCGGUACGCGAUCCUCGCCGCCAAUCCAAACGUCUAUGGCUACGAUCACGGUCUCCUUUCGGAUGCUUGGUACGGCGCUGGGAACAAGAGCAUCCCUGACUGGGCUUGGUCGGUCAUUGUCCACUGGGAAAAGCACAAGUCUGACAGAGACGAAGUCGUUGAGGCCCGCGGCGGCAUCCCACUGGUAUACCCGGAGGCUUUCGCCGCACAACUUGGAGAAAUCACUUUAGAGGACGAGCUCCAUGAGGACGACGAGCGGCUUGCAGGCCGGGAGACGGACUCUACGCAGACACCGGCUAAGCGCAAGGCGUCAGGCCACAGCAGAGGCAAGCGCCUCCAGUCCAGGACUUUCUGCCUGCAUACUUAUGGCCUUGCAGACAGCUGGGGCCCCAGGGCCUCACAAUCUCAGCGCAAAAAGGCACGCGCCACACGGGCACGCCCCCCAUCCCCGGCAACAGCGGCCUACAACCAGCCCCGGCGUCCACCUGGAGGAGUUUUCGACAACGUCCGGUUGUCCGAGACGCCGUCCAUGGAUUCGUUAAGGCAAUGGGCGGCCGUGCACGCACCCCCUGGCUUCCCGUCUCCGAGCGCCAUCGACAAACUUUGGGAAAAGGCCAGCUCAAUCGAAAGCCAGCUGAGGGAGGCGACGCAAGAGCACGGGACACUCGCUGCCAUGGUCCGUGACCUGCGUGACAUAGCCGCCAAGGAAGAUGCGGCCAUUGGGGGUCUUUACGCAGAGCUUCAAUCCGCUGGUGCACAGCCAGGACGGGAGGGGAUGCCUGGUGAGCUAGGCCUGCAGCACGCAUUCCCGGACCUCGGGCCCCCAGCGACACCGAGCAUGUUCGCGAAUUUCCAAAUCUCCAGCCCCAGCCUGCACUUGAGAGGGCCUCCCUCCUCAGGAAGCCCUCCCAGCGGCUCCCUGGGCAGCACAUAG